GUCAACAACUUCAGAGUGGAGGUGCGAUAGUGAUUGCGCGUAGUGUUAUUGUUUUGUGGAAAAAAUUGUGAAACCUAACUAAAUUCUAUUAAAUUUCCUUAAUAUUUAUUUACUGUUCUAUUUCUUGUUCUUGUAUAUUUGUUUUCUAUGUGGAAUAUGUCAUUCAUCACUGCGGUGUUUUUGAUCGGUAUCAGUUUGGAGCCGGUGCUGGCUGGUAGUGCGUACGCGCUUCCUCUGUGAAGAGCUCACUAGCGGUUCUUUGCGUAGUGGUACCAGCGAGGAGAAGGCGCCACGUGCGGGCCUGCGUAUCACCGGGGGCGGGCGCCCAGCGCCGCCCCACAACUAUCCAUAUCCCCGCCAGAUGGUUUAUUGUCACACGGACUCAAGCAUGACGUUGACCUGGAGCCGCUCAUCAUCGCUCCGGAUCCGUUCGCAUCAGAGUACUGCUUAGAUGACUUCUCACCCGAGGACCUCUCCCUUCUAACCGAGUAGACUACGACAGUAAAUUAGAUUUAAUUUAAUGGAAAAACUAAGAAUCAAACACAAAUUAUAAUACAUAAUAUAAACAUUGGUCCAGCAUAUCGGAUGUAAUUUUUAGUUUUUGUAAUUUUUACAAACAAAAUAUUGCACCAAGCCAGACACUAAAGAAAAAAAUAUUUAAUAGCAUUCACUGGAUAUCUGAUAUUUCAAAUAUCCAUUCAUAUUAAUAAAAAAAAAAAACUUUUUAAACCAAUAUUCUGGAAAAUAGUACACAAAAUAUAUUAGUCCAACUAAAGUUAAGUCAACAAAUGCUAUUAAUAUAUUUUUAGGAUUGAGGAACCAAACACGAUGAUUACGGGUGAAGAUGAACCAUCGUCUGGUUUAAAUGGAAGGUUGAGACCACGAAAGGCUAAUGUUCUUAGUCCUCAGACCAUUAAAACUACUCGUAAAUCGGACCCUAAACCCGCUCAGGAGAAACCUAAACGAACCGGCACCCCGUCCAAAGCUUCUCCAAAUAAACCAGAUGAUCUCAUAAACAAGUCUGAAUCACCCGCUCCGCAUAUCUUAUGCCCUUACUGCGAUAAGACUUUCUUUACUAAACAAGCUAUUUCUAAACACAUUCGUGGUGUCCAUAUAAUAAACACAAACGAUACUCUCAUAAAUUGCUUAUUCUGCAAUCAUAUCGAGGCGGAUGCCAAUGAUAUCAUACGACACAUGGUCGAUAAUCACCCAAAUCAAUACUUCGCCUGCUACGACUGCCAUACUAGAUUUCCAUCAACCACAGAACUAGCUGAACAUAAGCACAAUGUUUGCGAAAAACAGAAGUUACCAUAUCGUAACAAAUUACGGCCAAAAAUGGUGGCCAAAAAGACCUUAAAUAUUUCUAACGAAAGUGAAUACGAUGAUGAGAUUGAAAACACGGCUGGGCAUGAAUUCAACGGUCUAGUCAUUUCUUGCGAAAUAAAAACCUCACAGGCACACGAUGCUGCUGAUAUAGAGGACAAUAUCACGACAAACUUCAUUUUACCAGCAAUCAAAAAUAUUAACAACUCUGCAGUUAUCGAGAAAAACGCGGUCAUUAUAUUAGAUGAUUUACAAUGGAAUAAAAGAACCCCCACCACAAACUUCUCUUUUCACAAUACAGAUGCUGACCAAAUACUGUCCCGGCUCGGUGUUGUACACCGCUCACCGAGAGCCGGAGAUUUCAAUAAGAGGCAUAUUGAGGAGUCAAAUCAGAAGUUUGAGAAAUGCUUUGAUACCAGCUUCUAUUCCAAAGUGGCUAGCAACGUUCAAGAGAACUUGACAAAAUUUCUUGAUGGAUCGUUUAAUUUUAAUCCCGAUCCCGAAAAUACAAUAAAAACUCGAAAAUCCAAAAACAGUGUUGCUAUCAACACUGUAGAAGGCUUCCCAAUACUUUUGGAAUGUGCCCAGUUUUCUAGAAACGUCUUUGACGGAUAUUUGCCAAGAGCCAUCGCUCCUAAACAUAAGUGGAAAUGGGAUUCACUGGAAAGUGAAAGAAAUCUUCUUAAUCCCGAACAAUUCAAACGAGACUCGCACACUAAUAACUGCAUAAUUUCGUUGGUUUCUAGUCUCGACAUUUGGACCCAGUUAUGUAUGCGCCAGAAAUAUGAACAAAAAUUUAACAAAACGCCACAGGAAAAAAGGGCUGAGAAACAAAGCAUUUUAGGGAACGAGCUAAAAGAAAUACUUGAAAGUCGCGAACUUCCACCAGCGUCUUCACAAAUUGUAAAGUAUAACAACAACGCCUUGCCAGCACGUGAUGAUCUUGACUUUCCUAUUUCACUGGGUUUAGUGCCCUCACCGCAGACAUACAGUCCCAAGCCGGCUGUACUCAGCGGUGAAUGGGUUAGGCCUCGAUGCUACGUAUGCUGUGCGUGUGGGGCGCAAACUCGCGAUUCGAGAGCGCUCUCUUCUCAUAUAUCAUCACGACAUCCGAACGCUCAAAUCCAACAUUACGAAAUUGUGGGAGAGGUUCUUCUUAAAUCUGAUAUUUUAAAACAUUUAUACGUGCCACCGAGCCAGCCUAAUAAUAGGACUAGACCGCUACGAGGUAUCAGAGAGUGCACUAAGUGCAGGAAAUCUAUUUCAUUAGAAGAUUUACAUCAGCAUAUGCUAGAUUGUGCCGGAGAUACCCCAGCUGUGCGAAGGAAAUGUCGUUAUCGACCAUUUGGUGUUCGUAAACGGCGACCUCGCCUCCCAGAUAAUACAAUACGUAGAGAAAUGCGUAAAGAUAUUCGUACGCAACAUAGUCGUAAAAAUCAUAUGAGACCCAGACCAAAAAUACGUACAGAAGUGGGUGACGCGGAAACCAUUAGAAAAAUGCUGGCAGAUUUGCCUGCUAAGCGCCAUCGUGUCACGGUUAACAACUUAAACCCCAUUUUACGUCCUAGACGCAAGUUAAAUAACCAAAGAAAUAAAAUGAUUAUGAAGAAAAGGUCUAUUGAAGACACAACCAAGAAGCCAUAUUCGAAUACAGAAACUGAAGAUGAUGAAAAAGAUUACGAUACUAUACAAUCUACCGCAUAUGAAAAUAAUGAAAAUAAUCUCAAAUCCCACGACGAAGACAAAGUCAUAAAUCACAAGGAAGACUUGAACAAGCCUGUUGUGAAUAAAAAUAAAAGAAAAAGCAUUCCACACAAGGAACCUCAAGCCUAUUCCAAUACGUCGGAUACACCAGACAUGGCGACCGAGGCAGCGACCGGCCAAGGAAAUAAUCAAAUCAUACAGAUUACUACAAAUAAUAAUUCAGACAGAGUAUCCAUCAACAGUGGAGGGGAUGGAUCUUACAGAGAACAUAGUAACGGAUCCAAUAAUGGCUCUUAUAACAGAGACAAUAACAACUCGGGUUACAUGGAGCAACAUAAUAAUUCAAGAGAUUCUUUCGCUCCAUCCCAGAAUAUUCCUUUAAAGCAUUCAAUUGCUAGUUUGACAGCAAGUUCUGAGACUCAUGAUAAGUCUGUUCAGUUUCAUCACUUAUUUUUGGUGCAACAAGAAUGCAAUAACAUCAACAAUCAUGUACAAUCUGAGCAAAGAAUGCUUUUUGAAAACGAAGCUGUUGUUACGAAGUUAGACAAACCUCCUUUGCACUUCGACCAUCAAAGUUAUAUGGACCCGCAGCUUCUUCAGAAGAAUAAAUUGAAUAAACCGCGUAAAGGAUUAAAUGACUGCAUAGCUAUGCUUAAAAAUAAACUCGAAGAACCAAGUUCCAACACUCUACCAGGUCAUGUAUCUGUGCAAUGUGGCAGCGAUGAACCGUUAGGACCGGAACCUGUCAUUAUAGAACGAAGACACUCAACCGCCGAGACCAAUAACGGCUCUACUCGAAGAUCGCUGCAAAUGCUCUACCCGGACGUUCCUCAUCAAAACUUUGCGGAAACUCAAAAUGUUCCGAAGCGAACUACACGACGUCGAUCUACAAGUACACGCCAAAGAACAAACUCUUGCAGGGAUAAAUCGUAUGACAUUCAACCGGGUAACGAUUAUAUUCAUUGGAAACAAUAUUAUUAUGAACCUCAAAUGUUCUCUUCGCAAAAUGCUAAACAGCAACCUGUACGACGCAAGUCACUAACUCCAGCCGAUGAAUUCUUACUACAGCAUGCCUAUAUGAAUUUAGAGCUUCUAAACAAAAGUAAUAGAGAACUACAAAACCUUUCUGACUAUCACUAUUCUAAUCUGACUACUAUGCCAUACAAGCCGAAUAAGAAGAAGGGACGUGACACAACCCAGAAACCAAAUUCUAGGAGACGAGCAAGUGAAAUACCAAAAGCUAAACCAAAGGAGCCUCCGAAAAGUCGUGAAAGGACUCCACGAGGUAGACGUACGCGUGCUAAUUCUCAACAAACGAAUCAAAUAAAUGUACAGGAUACGACGCAGGUUCCCGUCAUAAAUCAAAAUGAUCAGUAUAUACAUCACCCGCCUGCUAACCUAACUACAUACAUACCUGUUUCUGACAAAAAUCUAGAUUGUUGCACAUUAGCUUUGCCUACUCCUCAAGAUGAAAAUGUUAAUGUGCGUUUAGAACGAGAUAUACCACAUUCCAAUAAAGUGCUCGAAGAACAACCGAUGCAUCUCAUAAACCAGCAAGGUUCACAAAUUAUAGAAUACACUGCGAAUAACGGUGUACCUCAAGCGUUGUACGCCAUACCAUAUGAGCAAACCGUUACAGCUCCAAUAGACUUGUCUAAUAAUAUGCCCAGCGAGGAUAAUUCUUAUCAAUAUUUACCUCAAACACCGAUCUGUCACGUUAACUAUGAAACCUACGAGACUCUAGACUUAUCAAAUAGAGACUUAAACAAUGAAGUUGUUAAAGAAACUGACAUCAAUAACGAAGUAGUGGUUGAUUUGAGUCUGAGAUAUUCUCCUCAUUCGCCACCAGCCCCAAGACUUGCUCUCAUCCCAUCUGAUAUAGGCAAUAAUGACAUUGAAGAAGGUCCAACCGAUCUGUCUAUAGUACGCGUAGAUGACUUUACGCCGACGGAUUUAUCCAUAAGAAGAAGAAUUUAUCCUUUUCAAUCGUAUGAGAGGGGCGAAGAAGGCAUGACACAAGUUAACUAUAUCCAAGAUUUAUCACAACCUGUAAGACAUGAAGACAAUGUCUGUCUAAUGGCGCCACUGAGGGAAGACAUACACAAUAUUGAAUUACCAACUGAUUUAUCUAAAAAUAGACCCGAGAGUCGUCCUGAUGUUACGUCUCUUUGUUUAACAGAACAACAAGAUAUAUACCUUAACGUUUUUAGAAACAACCCGAUUCCUGAGGAUAAUAAUAUUCCAGCAGAUUUAUCUGGAAGAAAAAAUGAUGUCCAAAAUGUUCAAUACAUCACGGGAUCACAGGCUAUGAAUGUAAGCGACGGUUUAAUUAUUCACGACGCUAUGAACAGGCAGCAGUCACACGAUGUUUCCAAUGAAAUCAUAAAUCUGCAUUAUAAUUCAGGAUAUCGAACAAUCAUGCCUCCUUCAUACGCCGUAGAUUCGGAUAGAUUUGAAGACCAAUGUCAAAAACUACCUAAUUCAAGAAUAAUCUCUCCUGCUUCCGUUAUUCACGAUUAUUCAAAUAAUAAUCCAUCUUUAGAAGAUCACAGUGCAGACCAUAGCAAUGAAGUUAUAUCGUAUUCAUAUUCAGAUGUACCUUUGAGUUUAACUACGAAUUCUGGUCGAAUUGAAUGCCGCCCGGAAAGCAGUAACAUUUGUGACCUUAUGCAUUGCACGCCAGUUUCUAAAGUGCCUGCAUAUGCCGUAAAUACUCCGAUUCAUACAAUGCCUAGUAAACAGACUCUUUCUUCUACGACUGUUCCCAAGUCUCCUGUAAAGACAGCGGCACUUAAUAAUAGCGCCAAUUAUGAUAAACGAGAUUGUCUGGAAAUAAAUAUAUCUGAAAUUCGUAAAGAACCUGAAGGUUUACAUGACGGAAAUAAAGUUUUGAUCCAAGAAACAUCCACUAAAGAUAAAAAGGAUAUACAGAAUCAUUUAUUAACAAAGAAUGACCAAAAUUGCAAAGUUAUGGAAAUAAACAAGAAAUCAAUAAACAAUUCAAAUAUAGAAACGGAUCCAGAAACGGCUAGAAAAAUAGCUAUGUUACCAAAAGAGCUAGUUGAAAUCUUAGGCACUAUGCCAGUUGAUCACCGUAAUCAACUUCUGAACGUAUUGCCCCAAUAUGUGUCGACCUCGACGGCAUCUGAGUCCACGGAAUCUCCAAGGUCUAAAUCUGUUGAUGAAAAAUGUACGUUAUCUACAAACAACUUUGAGAAGAUAGAUGGUGUCUCAAGAAAUAGCAGCAUCCAAGAAAGUGAAAAUUCUGUGUUAUGUAAUACUUCACCUACUUCAGGAUAUCCAGAAGGACCUGAUAUCUCCCUAUCAAGUUCCGUACUGUUAACACCACCAACUCCGCAGUUAUCUGAACGCCACGCGAUUCAGGCUCACGAGAUGGACGAAAUGAAAACUAACAUGCGACAAAGACAUGGGUCGAACGAAGAUGACAGAUUACGCUUAGAUCUUUCGAAAUUCGAUAAAAAGGACGUAAAUAGGAAUAUCUCAAAAAGGAUAGCUCAUUUCGAAAACGAAACAAUAGAAGACUCCGUUAUUGAUCUAACUGGUGAUGAUGUGUCACCUUUGAGCGAAACUGAAAACCAUUUAGAAUCUAACCAUUAUAACGAGACAGCGAGAGACCAUUCUAUUUUGAAUACUUCCUAUAAAACUUCAAAUAAAGGAAAUAAUGAUAAAACUGCUAGUUUAAGAGCAGUUCGAAUUAAAACGCCCUAUGAAAGAAAUCGAGUCAUAUUAUCGGAAAACAACACAUCAAAAAAUCACACUGAAACAGAGUUAAGGCAAGUUAAUGACGUGGUUCAAAACAGUGAAAUUGAUACUCAAAAGUCACACGCAAUGCAACGAAUAGAAAGCACGAUAGAUUAUAAAAAUAAUGGUAAUGUCAUCGUUAACAACAACAACACUCAAGAUAAACGUGCCGAUGUGAACUUCAAUAAAUUGACCAUUCCGAAAAUACAAAAGCAAACCAUUAGAGGUGAAUUUCUUGAAUCGAAAAAUAUUCAAGAUGAUAUAAAUCAAAGGGAUUCUAAAGAUAAGCCUAAUUUAAUGACCCCUUUCCACGGCGAUGAAAAAAACGUUAUAACCAUUCUACAUGAUGAAGAGUCAUUAGAAAUUUCAGAGACUUUUGUGAACUCUUCAAUAAAUCCAAUUAAGAAAAAAGAACUUAGCUUAAAUAAGAAUGAAAUAACUAAAGAUAUGGUUACUGACGUAACUACUAAAUCUUAUAAGAAAACUAAAAAAUGUGAAUACAUAAACGACGAGAUGGGCGUGAUAUAUAUAUGCGAUGAUUAUGAAGAUAUUAAUUUAACAACUGAGAAAACAUUGCAAAGUACAGAUUCGAAAAUUUUAAUUGAUACUGGCCUUGACUCAGGUCUUGGAAACAAAAAUGAAGGCAAAAGGCAAGAUAAUAAAAUUGAAGCUAAAAAAAUUACAUAUAAUUCAUCAUGGGAUGCUAAGUCCAGAAGUGAAGAAAAAAAUAUAGUCGAUUUAAAUGAUUCCGAUUUCGUAAGCUUAGAAGAAACAAAACCUUCUAAAUCUAAAAAUAAAAUAAUAGCGAAAAGACAACAUGAAGAUUUAGAUAAACCAUCCAAAGAAAUCGAAGAGGAGUCUUUUAAUAAAUAUAAGGGCAAAAGAGGUCGGUCUCCGCAACAAACGAUAAAAACAAAAUAUGUUGAAAACCAAGAAAAAGAAUGUAAUCAAUCAGUUAUACCCAAGAAUGAAAUAAACAGAGAAGAUAAUCUUAAUUGCGAGGGCAUAAAUACAGAAAAAGAUGUAGAAGAAUCCAGUGCAUUAACAAUUGUUGAAAAUAAUAAUGAUAGAACUUCUAAAAUUGUCAAAGAAACCGAUCUAGACAAAGUUGUAAGGACAGAUAAUACUCAUGAUUUAUUGGAUGAAUCUAUUGAACCAAAUUCUCUUAAAAUAAAUGCAUUUAUUACAAUAAAAGAAAGCGGUGAUUCCAGUGAUAAAGUGGAAGUUACUGUGAAACAAUCAGAAAAUUAUCUUACAAGUCUCUCUGCACUAAAUUCGACUAAAAUUGAAGCCAAUGUUUCUGAAAGAAAUGAUUCAGCAUUAAUAAAAUAUGGAACUAUCGAGAAUUCUAAAUCAAAUCGAAAUUCGCGAAAAGAAAACAUGAAAGCACUGUUAGACAAAACAAACCAAAAGGAAGACACAUCAUGUCAGGGAGAAGAAGUAAAUUCUAAACAAACACAAAAAUUUAACUUUUCUUCAGAUGUUGAAGCCACAGUUAGGCAAAGCAAGCGCGGAAAGUCACAAUCUUUGCAAAAUAAUAACAGUGAAAUUGAAAAUUUUCUUCUGGAUGCUGAAAAAAAGCAUAGAGCAGUUUCAAGUCCAAGACAUUUAAUUUCUACAAAUCCUACAGUCGAUGGUGAUGAAUUAGAUGAAGAUGCUGUAUCUGAACGUAGAAUCUAUAGCGAAUCAUCGAGAAGUUCAAGUGGUAGCGAAUAUGACGGUGAUGUUAUGGACACAACGUCAAAAAAACGCAAGAAGUUGGCUCGCUCUAAAAGAAAUUACAAAAAGAAGAGAGCUCUAACAUCUGUUCAAGCUAGAAUAGAUAUCCGUAUUGAACGAUCACGAAGUGACUCCAAAUUCAGUAUAGAAAGCAGCAUCGUUACUAAUAAGACUAUAAAACCAUCCGAAGCACCUGAUAAUGACAGUGCCAAAGUAGAUUUGAUUCCCAUAUCAGAUGGAGAUGAUCAAAAUAUAAUAGAUAAUGCACCAACUGCAAAGCGGAAGUCAAGCUCUCCUUCUAGGGAACAAAUAGUUUCAAUAUCUAAACCAAAGAAAUGUAAAGUUGAUAAUGACAAAAAAAGUAAAUUAGGAACACCUCAAAAAGAAGAAGGCGAAGAGAAGCAAUUAACGGAAACACAGAUGAGUGAAACUAAAACGGUUUCUGUGGUUAAAAAUACCACUUGCUAUAAUAAGCCAAUGCGUCGUAUCAGAUCUAAAUCUGUUGUUGUUAAAUCAUCAGGAGUGAAAUUAUAUGAUCCUUAUGAUAUAGAUUUAGAAGAUAUGGCUGAAAAAACGGAACCGUUUAUACGAAAAGAAAUUACUUCUAGAAGUAGUGUCACGGUUUCUAAGGAAUCAACUUCAAGCGAUAAUCAAAGUUUAAGCCAGAUGUCAACCUCUUCUUGCAUACAGAACUCUCCUGAUGACAAUCUUGAAGCCAACAGAAUUGAUAAUCAUCCAGAAAUGACAACUAGUGAUCCGACAACAGACAGUAAAGAGACAAAUGUAUCUAAUUGUGAAUCUCAAACCAAAGAGUCCCAUAGCGAUACCGAUGAAUCUUCGAAGAGUGAUGAGCCACUGAAGAAGUAUGCAAUAGAGAAAGAAAAGAGGAAUCUCUUGAUAUCUCAAGAUCCUAAUGGUGAGUGUAGAUGUAGAAGAGGACCUGGAAAUAUACGAAGAAAAACUAAGACCCGUGGUAGAGGGAAGCGAAUCUAUUCCUCGAGUCCAAAAGUUGAAAGUAUUAUCGACAAUAAUGGCGUCGAUGAUGAAUUACGCUCACAACAAUUUUUAGAAAGCUUCGGCUUUUUCUCAGAAAGAAAACCUCGUAAAUCUAACCUGCUUGCAUCGAAAAAAAUAGCAGAAACAUUCCAUAUCAUAGCUACCGAAAAUGAUGAAGUAUAUUUUUCAUCAUUAGAACGUGUCAACAAUAAAUCUUGGUCCGUGAAGAAAGUAGGCGGGAGUAGAGGAGUUAAUUCAGAAGGUGUAGAGGUAAAGAAAAUACCAGGGAAACGUGGUAGAAAAAGGAAAACUCCUCCACCUGAACCGGCUUUUUGUGAUGUAUGUAAGAGAAUGUUUAGAAGGUCCGAUAAUUUUACGAGACACCAAAUAACAUUAUACCAUAUUUCAAGAUUGUCGGAUGAUGACCCAGAUAAUAAGUCAUUUUCAAAAGACGGGCCAAGCUUCUUGAUAGUCUUUAAACAGCAAUUAGAUCGAUUGAAAAUUGUGCGGGAAAAAAUUGAAAUAAGAAGGAAAACGCCAUUGCCAGCAGCAGAGGCAGCUGCACCGACAUUGACAGAUAUUAUAGAAGAUGUAAAGAGAGCCAUAAAGGAACAAAUUGUUGCCAGGCGCGUUUUAAGUCGCGAUGAAGCAUUGUUCGUCGAUUGCUGCGAAAUGUUACAAGAGUCCCAUCCAAAUGAUACGAACAACCGACGUCGCAACUGUAACAGUUAUAACUGCUUAUUAGUAUGCGAGGAAGAGUUAGCUGAACUAGAAAGAAGUAUGGAUGAAAGAGAUGAUGAGAGAUAUGAUGGCGAUGUUGACUCUGUCACAGCUCAAAAUAUAAUGGAAAGUGAAGAAGUUCGGAAUUUAGAAAACGAUUUAAUAUCAGGACUAAAAGAAGGAAACGGUUUUAAGGGGGCUGCUAGCGUUGACUGCCGGCCCUUAGAGGGCAGAGAAGUGGGUGCAAAUGAAGAGAAUAUUUUGCGCGUUUCUAAUCACCAACCAGUUGAAGCCUUUGACGAGCCUAUAGCUGGACCCAGCACAAGUAAAGAUACAAGACACUUUGAAGUAAAAGACAAAGUUUUACCUGACGUUGUAGAAAAUUUCGAUAUUUUUGAGGAUAAAUUUGACAAAAUAAAAAGAAAAUGCCGAUCACAGGCAGCAGCGGCAAAACAAAUGCAAACGAUGUCUGAUGUCAAUUCCAGCCAUAAAGAACGCAAAAAGUCUGAGAAAAAGAAAACCAAACGAAGCUCUAAAAAGAAUCAUAACGCAGUUCCUACUAAAGGUGCUUUAAAGGGCUUCGACGGAAUAAAAGUAUCAAUUCCCAAAUCCGAUAUAAACAUGUCUGCUAUUGCCCCAGGAGUAGGAUGCUCAGGUAAACGCAAGAAGAAAAAUAGGUCCAAGAAGAAAAAGGAAAGGAAAAGUUCUGAUGGAAGCAGUAAGUACGACAGCGAAUAUCAUCGCAGGAACAAGGAUUCCCCUAAAAGGAACGUCGAUGUGUAUGAAUUCAUGGACACAGAAGAUACUGAACUAUUCGAAUUCCGACCAUCUACUUUAAUGGAAAGAUUUAGAAGUAUUAGUAACAAAGAGUCACCGAGUACUUCUAAGGCCUCGCAGGCUCCAGAAAUACCAGAUGCUUCAAGUGAAAGUGCUUCAGACGGAGAUGACUUUGUUUACAUGUCUGACGACUACGUUUGCAGCGAUGACGAAACAGAAAAUAGUCUUCUAUCUUGUGAUUUUGGUCAUGUUAAAGGGAAUAAUUUCGAAAAUAAAAAGCCAACAUCUCCCCUUAAAAGAAAAGAUGUCAUUGAGAAAAAUGCCGUUAUGGGCAAGAUAUUCAAAAAUAACGCUGUUAGAUUUGAACGCAAAAGAUCAAAGAGUAGGGAACCGGCGAAACCUCAAGCUAAUCUGGACCAAUUGUUCGACAGCUUACUCGAAGACGGAAAUCAGUCUGAUGUAUCUAAAAAAGAUAACUCAGAGUCAUUGCCAAGUACGUCGCUAUCAAUCGAAGAAAAUGUUAACAGAAUGAACAUACAAGAGAAUGAACAUGAAAUUACGGACUUGGAAGUGGCUGGACCAUCGCAGAUAUACGAUCCGAUACCAUCGACCUCGGCCGCUUCUUUCUUGACAUCAUCUUCUAGUAAGAGGAAGUCGGUAACUCCGCCACGAAAACUAGAUCUCAACGCUCUCCGUGCUCUCGAAUAUGGGCAUUGUUCUAAAACGGACGGAAGCACAUAUAGAAAGAAUUUGUCGCUCGACUAUUACGCGCGGUCAUCCCAAGUCAUUUCUAACAAGUAUUCGUCAUCAGAUGACGACGAUUUCACUGUUCCUGAGCCUAGCUACGCUUCGCAUCGAAAAAUCGAAGAGGCUUCACCAGACAAAAAUAGAUCAAGGGAUAAAGUUACAAAAGAGAAAUCGAGUUCAAAGAGAAGGUCACAUGACGCUAGACGGAAGAGCUACGACUCCGGUUCAGAAUCGGCAAGUAGGGCCCUAGCACCCGACGAUGGUGGAGUGGCUGUACAGCGUGCGCGGCGUAAGUGUACCGUCGGCAAACAGAAUGUGCUCGCUGAAAGCUGGAGUUCAGAAUCGGAGCAAGACGGAGCACCGCCGCGUCCGAAUAGCGUCGAGUCUGUGGUGGCGAGUGCCGGGAGGAAGAAGCGCGGCAGGAAGCGAGAGACGUGCGUGGUGCCGGGAAGGCGCUCGGGCGGGAACCACGUCAGGACACGGCCCUCGUCAUACUGGUCGGACGGCGAGGAGGAGCACGAACAUCCCCAGCAGCACGGCUGGAUCGUGGGCGACAGUCACAAGAAGCUCGUCACCAUGCUGGCACACGCCAAGGGCCGCAAGCGAAACGACGACAAGCGCUCCGCGGUCCUCGAGUAGACGUUCUCACCGUUUGUAAAUAUCUUGUACAUAAUAUACUUACUCUUUACGAAUGUCACACUUGUGACAUCUUGACCAGAAACCUUUUAAGUCUUAAGUUUAAUUGAUUUCUGUUCUGUAAAUACUGUACAUCUUUUAUAGUAUAUUUUAGUUAAAUUUCUAAGAGCCUUCGGGCCGUGAGGUCUGUAUUGAGUCGGUUAUUUUGUAGCGGCCCUCGCAUCGAUCUAGUUGAAUUUUUUAGUGUAUUAUAAUUAUUUGAAGUCGUAUGAUUCCGUGACCUCUUGGUAUGAUUUUAACAUUAUGUCUUAUAUUAUAAUAUUCAUAACAUAACAUUACUCGAAGGAUGUCAGUGGAUCAUUGUUUAUUAAUAUAACAUGAGCUAAAAGCAUAGAUGUUUUUAGGAUUAGAAGUAGCUAGCAGCAUCAGCGCUAAUUUAAUGUCUAUUAGAGGAACUUUUACGAAAUGCAAUCACUUUAAUGUUAUCAGCGCUUCUUCUGAUCAUUUUUCUGAUAGUCGCUGAGGGCGACGUCGGAACUGUUGUUUUAUUCUGCGCCUGCGCAGUUAUAUUAUUUUCCCUUAAAACAUAUGAUUUUAUUACAUUUUCAAAGUUUUCAAAAAUUUGGCAUGAAGCUUCGGUUACGAAUUAAAUACAUCGGUAUAAUUUUAUAUAAUUGAGUAUAUUUUAUUUCACUCUACUUUACCGUGUUUUCUUUUAAGUUGCAGCGUCAUGUAUAUAAAGUAGUUGGAAAUUCCACUUUUAAUAUAAUAUUAUAACACUAUAUAAACAAACAUAUUAAUAAAUGUUUAGCCUAAACUACCCCAAGCCCUCUUAGUGUGUAAUACGGUACCUAUAUCCGGGCUAGUCAGCUAGUGGCUGGCGCCGGUCGGACCGUUUUGUGUCUCUAAUCGUUGUAUACAUGUACUCUCGUCAACUCGUCUCGUCACCUCUUCAACAGGCAGUUCGUGCAAUCGAUGACUCCGUGUUUUGUAUUCCGCUUCCGGUUCCGUUUCUUUUUUUUUUAAUAUAUUUAUUUACUUAUAUCUUAUUUUAAAUAACUUUACUUAGAGAUGAAUUUAUAUAUAUGAAAGUGUUCGUGAGGGGCUGGUAACGGGGUCUGGGUGUUGGGUCAUUUUGAUUUUGUUAACUAUUUUUAUACAUUAUAUUUUGAGUAGUCAAUUAACACGUGAAAUCUCAAGCUUUAGUUAUUGUUCGUAUCUAGUCCGGGGGUAGAAGGAAAUUCUACAGCCACCUUAUCAGCCUCGAUGCAGUGUGAUUUUAUUUCCAUUUCAAUGGAGACUUAUUUAAUUGAACCGCUGGAGCGACAGUUUGUUGCGGAUUCAUAACGGCUCGUGACGAACGGAGCGCGCAGAUUUAACUUGAAAUAAAGCUCAAUGUUUAGAGGUAUGGUUUAAUUUUAUCAGCAUUACAUCCCAUCUUAUACUCUGUGCUCUGUGUAGUGUCCCAAAGUAAAUGUAAUAGAUGUGUAAGGUAGAUUUAUUUAUUAAACUGUUUAAAAUACGAUUACUAUUAUAUCUUGAACCACAAUUAUAUCCGAUUGAUGUGUACUGUGUAUUUUAAGAUUGUCUGUAGCCAACAAUCUUCUGUGAAUCCUUACUUGGUUCUCGGUGACAGUUCAUCAUAAUUGCUAAGUGCAUUGAAUAUUCGUUGGCGAGAGCUGAGUAGGAGCUUUCUGUGUUUGACUCAUCGCUGGUUAGCUCUAAGACAUGCAAUGUCUACUUUUAAGAUCUUGUUUCCCUACCCAAAAUGAAGUCAUGAAAGUUUUUCGGAAUUCUUUGAAAUUUUUGGAACUAAUUAAGGAUUACAAUAUAUACUUUAAAAUAUAUGUGGUAUAUCAAUAAAAAGUCUUUCAAUCUUU